AUGUGUAUUGCAAGACUUGUAGUGAUUCAAAAUUUCUGUGUCCUUACCGCACCUCCCGUGUACUUACCGCACCCUCGUAUCCUUACAUGUGUCGACAUGUGUAAGAACACGCCCGCGCGCGCACGUGACAUGCGUAAGGAUACGCUCGCGCGCAAAGAGCACUGGCUGCUGCUGGUGAAUAAUUGA